AUAGAACAAUAGCUCUGACAGACACCAGCUACUUCCUUCAAGUGGAUUUCUAGACAAAUCAGUAUGUUGACCCAUCUUUCUCCUCCCACACUCUUACUCUCCCUCUUGUUGCUGGUGUGUGGUUGGAACAAGGCCGCCUGCUCUCUUGGGGAUGGCGUGAAGAUUUGGGAGCAGCCCAAGCCAGACAUCGACGACCAGUCUUUCCUCUAUGACAUCUUCCCUUCGGGAUUCCUCUGGGGCUCGGGGACGUCUGCCUUCCAGACAGAGGGAGCCUGGGAUCAGGAGGGAAAAGGCACAUCCAUCUGGGACCAUUUCACCCACUCCACUGUCACUGGUAAUUUGGCAACAGAGACCGCCAAUGUGGCUAGUGACAGCUACACUCACUGGGAAGAAGAUGUGGAGGCCCUGGAGUAUCUCGGUGUUAAAUUGUACUCCUUUUCUCUCUCCUGGCCCAGACUCUUUCCUGAUGGGAGUGCCCGAGGUCAGCCCAACACAGCUGCCGUGGAGCAUUAUAGCCGGCUCAUAGAGAAACUUCUGAAAAAGAAAAUUGAGCCCAUCAUCACCCUCCAUCACUGGGACCUGCCGCAAGUCCUGCAGGAUCGCUAUGGAGGCUGGAGAAAUGAGACAGUGGUGGGAAUGUUUGAGGAGUAUGCUACAUUUUGUUUCCACACAUUUGGGAAUAGUGUCAAGUACUGGCUCACCAUGCAUAAUCCAUACCUGGUAGCUGUACAGGGCUAUGGGACAGGUGUGCAUGCUCCAGGAGAAACAGGGGGUCCCGCUGGCUCGCUCAUUGUGGCCCACAACCUGAUCAGGGCACACGCCAAAGCAUGGCAUGCCUACAACACCCACUUCCGUCCAGCUCAGAGGGGUAAAGUAUCCAUUGUUCUUGGAUCCCACUGGGUUGAACCUCAAAGACGCCAAGCCACAGCUGCUAAUGUCGAGCUUUGCCAGCAUUCAGUAGAGGCCGUGCUUGGCUGGUUUGCCAGCCCCAUUUUCGGUGAUGGUGACUACCCAGUCUCUUUAAAAAUCAAGCAUGGGGCCCUCAUGCCUACAUUCUCUCACAAGGAGAAGCUCUGGGUGCAGAAAACAGCUGACUUUUUUGCUCUGUCCUUCGGGCCUAAUAACCUCCGUCUGGGCCGGGGCCUGGUCCAGUAUGGGCAGACUGUGACCCCAGAUCUGAGGCGCUUACUGGGCUGGAUAAAGCUGGAGUAUGGGGACCCGAAGGUGCUGGUGACUGAAGGCGGCUGGUUUUCUGAAGCCAGUGUGGGAAAGGAGGACACAGUGGCCAUUUACCUGAUGAAGAGGUUUAUCAACCAAGUCCUGCAGGCAAUCAAGUUUGAUGGUGUGCAGGUGAUAGGAUACUCUGCCUGGUCACUGGUGGAUGGAUUUGAGUGGAAUUAUGGCUACACUGUAAGGCGAGGUCUUUUUUACAUCGACUUCAACCAACCAAACCGAAGCAGGACCCCCAAGACCACUGCUCAGUAUUAUAAACGUGUUGUUGCUGACAAUGGUUUCCCUAGAGAUGAAACCUCUAGAGAAAUCAAAGGCCGUUUACCCUGCGAAUUUCACUGGGGUAUUGCUGACUCCACUUUACAGGUCCACUUCUACCCUUUCUCACCACAGUUUACCGACCCCCAUUUGUACAGCUGGAACCUGACAGGAGACGGAUCAUUGCGUGCAGUCCCAGGGGUGGAGAUGCGCACCAGAGGAGCCCAGUGCACCGACUACUUGGCCAUCCGUGGUCAUCUUCGCCUGUUUGCGUCCACUGGAGCAUCUCACUACCGAUUCGCUCUCAACUGGUCUCUGAUUUUACCUGAGGGAGACCUCUCUAAUGUGAACACUCAGGCUCUAAGGUACUACCGCUGCGUUCUGACUGAGCUCAAGAAGCUGGACCUGGAGGCUGUCGUUAUUCUCUACUACCCCACACACAGAGCUGGGCUGGGCUUGCCUGAGCCACUUCAUGCCUCUGGUGGUUGGCUCAACUACAGCACAGUGGUGGCCUUUCAGGAAUAUGCAGCUCUGUGCUACCAGCAGCUGGGGUCCUGGGUACCAUACUGGAUCACCGUCAAUGAGCCAAACAGACUGGUGGAUGUUUACUCCACUGGGAAAGAGAAGCAUCAGGCAGCUCAUAACCUUAUUCUGGCUCACGCAAAAGCCUGGAGGCUGUAUGAGAGGGAACACUCGGGUCAACAGAGAGCACGGGUGUCACUUGCGUUACAUGCAGACUGGGUUGAACCUGCAAACCCCUUCCUGGACUCACAUACGGCAGCAGCACAGAGAUUCCUUUUGUUUGAGCUUGGGCGCUUCUUAGACCCAUUGCUUGGGACUAGACAUGAGGAGAAGCAUCAAAAGGGGGACUACCCACAAGAAAUGAAGACAUAUCUGGAGGAGCGGGCUCAAGAAAAAGGCCUCCCUGGAUCUGCUCUUCCUAGCUUUACUGAGACUGAGAGCGAGGAGCUGAGAGGGACAUUGAGUUUUAUCGCACUGAAUCAUUUUACCACCCGCCUGGUCUCUCCAUAUCCCCACACACAGGCCAGUUUUCAGCAGAAAGAACCCCCUGAUCAUGGCUGUCUGAUCCUUUCUGAUCCCACCUGGCCUACCUCCAGUCUGGGGCAGGCUCUGGUACCCUGGGGCCUGCGGAAGAUCCUGAACUGGGUCAGCCAGAGAUAUGGAGGGGCUCUGCCUAUCAUUGUGACAGCCAGUGGGGUUGAUGACCAGGCUCCAGUGGAGGACAAACUCAGGCAACACUUUAUCAGGAGUUACCUGCAGGAGGCCUUUAAAGCUCGCCAGUUAGAUGGAGUCAACCUGCAGGGGUUCUACAUGUGGAAACUACAAGAUCAGCAUGCCCCCCAGUUUGGCCUCUUCACCUCCACCCACCAUCAAUCCAAAGCCAAAGCCUCCAUCGCUGUCUACAGAGAAAUCAUCGCUCGUGGCGGUUUCCCUGAGGAUAACACCACGCAGACCUGCAGGUCUAGUGAGCUGCACGAACAUUGCUCUGUAUGUGCAUGGAUGUUCAACAACAAAGUCAUGCUGGUCUUUGGAGGUUGCCUUCUUAUAACAGCGUUAAUGUUAACAGCACUUGUAGUCUUUGUCAUUAUCACCAAGAGAAACCAAACAAGAGGCCGGCGCAGGGGGGUGAACAGAAGGAAAAGAAGGAAAGGAGUCCCUGUUUGCUUGUGUCCACCUGUUAAAUAGAACUGUAGAGACAAACUCUGUAAUGAGUCGCAGACAAACUGUGUGUGCUUUAUUGACAAAGCAGAGCAAUAACUACAAUUGUGUUUGAUCCAG